AUGAAAAAAAUUGGUCGGCCGCCGAUCGGUGAUGCUUUUAUUAAUUGUGAUGACGUAGGGGGGGUGGGUGAUGGGGAAGAGGAGGAACCGUCAAGUAGAUUUGGUGCCAAUUUAACUUCGGUCGAAGUCGCACUUGCCGUUGCCUUGCCGAUCGCCAUCAUAUGUUUCGUCGUCGUCGUGGCAUAUACUCUUUGCGGAAGAAGGAAAAGAGUACAUACCGGGCUCAGGGUGGACGAAUCCGUGGAUGAUCCAGAUCAUCCGAUAUUAGGUGUCAACUCAAUAAGGGAUAUGAUUGAAAUGACAACAAGCGGGUCCGGGUCAGGUCUUCCUUUACUUGUACAAAGAAGCAUCGCACGUCAGAUACAAUUAAUUGAUAUCAUCGGAAAGGGAAGGUUCGGGGAGGUUUGGAGAGGAAGGUGGAGAGGUGAAAAUGUUGCCGUUAAAAUAUUUUCAUCGAGAGAGGAAAGGUCGUGGUUUAGAGAAGCGGAGAUAUAUCAGACUGUCAUGUUGCGUCACGAUAACAUAUUAGGGUUUAUAGCAGCCGAUAAUAAAGAUAAUGGAACGUGGACGCAAUUGUGGUUGAUAACGGAUUACCACGAAAAUGGUAGUUUAUUCGAUUUUUUAAAUCGGACCACGGUGGACGUGUCCGGUAUGAUCCGUAUGGCUUUGUCCAUAGCCACGGGAUUGGCUCAUCUCCAUAUGGAUAUUUUAGGAAGCCAGGGAAAGCCGGCCAUUGCUCACAGAGACUUAAAAUCUAAAAACAUUCUCGUUAAAUCAAACGGUCAGUGCGCCAUCGGAGAUCUCGGACUCGCCGUUAGACACGAUGUUGUUUUAAACGUCGUCGAUAUUCCAUUUAAUAAUAGAGUAGGCACCAAGAGAUACAUGGCGCCAGAAGUUUUAGAAGAAAUGAUAAACAUGAAUCAUUUCGAAUCGUUCAAAAGAGCCGACGUGUAUGCUCUCGGUUUGAUAUAUUGGGAAAUAGCGAGGAGGUGCAACGUCGGAGGGGUAUACGACGAGUACCAAUUACCAUAUUACGACCUAGUUCCUAGCGAUCCGACGAUAGAAGAAAUGAGAAAGGUCGUUUGCGUCGAUAAACAAAGGCCAUCCAUACCCAACAGAUGGGGUUCGUGCGAGGCUCUUCACGUGAUGUCCAAAUUAAUGAAAGAAUGUUGGUAUCAAAACGAAGCCGCAAGAUUGACUGCCCUUAGGAUAAAAAAGACUUUGGCCAAUUUAGGCGCUUCCGAAGAUGUGAAAAUUUAG